AUGACCCAAAUUAUGGAGCUGAUACUGAAUGCCGACGACCCCGACGCAAUUGGCGAAACCUUGUUCAACGUUGUGAUUUCGCUUUUGGCGUGCUACAAGGCAAUUGUUUUACGGUUAAAUCACAAUAGUAUUAUAAUGUUAAUUGACACUUUCGUUGAUAAGCCAUUUAAACCGAUGGAUCUGAGAGAAAGUAUGAUUCGACAAAAGUUCGACAAGAGAAUAACGAAUAAUACAUUAUGUUAUCUAGUCCUCGUCUCGAUAACUGCCUUCUACAUGAUUUCGCUUUCGUUUUUCACGGAUUUCAUGAAUGGAGCUUUAAUGUACAAAGCAUGGUUACCGUUCGACAGCUCAACAUCCGUGCGAUUUUCUCUCGCAUACGCUCAUCAGAUAUUAACUCUGAUAUUCAUUGGUCUUGUCCAUCCCACGUGUGACAAUUUAAUUUGCGGAUUAUUGCUGCAUAUUUGCUGCCAGAUCGAGAUUUUAGAGUAUCGUUUGUCGAACAUCACGAAUGGUGAAGAAAAUCUACGCGAUUGCGUCGACCACCACGUACAUAUAUUCGAAUAUGCGUACACGGUAAAUCGCAGAUUUGCGAAGAUAAUUGCUCUUCAGUUUGCAGUAAGCAUGCUAGUGGUGUGUGCUAAUUUGUAUAAAUUGGCUUCUAUUCCCAACUUGAUGAUCAAUGGAAGCAUUAUUACACUGAUACUGUAUACGGCCUGUAUGUUGUCACAGAUCUUCCUCUAUUGUUGGUUUGGAAAUGAACUCAAAUUAAAAAGUAUCGGAUUAGCAACCGGUAUAUACAAGAUGGAAUGGUUCAGGCUUGAUAUCAAGACCAAAAAAGAUCUUCUAUUAAUAUUGAGACGCACGAUGAUUCCAAUUGAAUUUAAUAGCGCGGUUAUCGUCACAUUGAAUCUUGACUCGUUUGUGUCCUUAUUUAAAGCAUCGUAUUCGGCAUACAAUGUAUUGAAGCGCUCUCAGGAACAUAAUUGA